CUAAGCGCUCACAAUGCUCAAAAUAUGCCUUCGGUCGUUCCACAUGACGAUCGCGGACGUUGCGGUCGCGGCUAAAACGUCACUAAUGACGUCAUUAUUUUCGCUCACGCCGAGCUCACAACGACCCAUCUCAAUAGUAGGAUCGAAGUGGACGUUGAGGAAUUUUGGCGCAAUUUUUAAAACUUAAAUACUGAUACAAAGAUUUCUAUGGCUAAAAAUGGCUACCGAAAAAUUACUUUGUACGAUUCAGAAAGAAGUGUGUUAGUAGAAGCAUAUGUGUCUCCAGAAGAUGCUGAACGUGCGGCUACAGAUAUAGUCUUUGCUACUCAAUUAUUAAAAAGUAUUGAAAAUGAGGAACCUUCUACAACUAUUAAUACCGAUAUGAAUGAUGAUUGCAAUAAUUAUGAUCCAAAUGAUAAUUUUAUUGGCGAAGAGACACUUAAUGAGACAGGUGAAACACAGAUUCAACUGAUUGAAACUCAAGAAAAUGAAGCCUCCUUAUACAGGUGGAGUCCACCCUGUGUAUUACUGCUAUUAGAGACCUAUAGGUCGAUGGAAGGAACCCUUAAAAGUGGUAAAUUACCCCAAAAAAAGUAUGGGAAUAAUGGAGGAAAUCUUUGCCAAAAGGCAUGGUGCAAUCCAGUGGCAGUUGCAUCUUCUAGUGGUCUCUCAUCAAAACAGUUAGAAAGUAACAAUAGUAUGGAGGAGUCGGACGGUGGAUGUUCAUCAAGUGAGUUUAUUAAAUCAGAUGAGACAACUCUUAACUAA